UUUCUCUCCCCCCCAUCCCCAGCUCUUCCUAGACAUCAACCUCAGAGAAUUGCCCUAACGACCCAUCAACAACAAUAACAACAACAACUCCUCACCUCCUCCUACUCACACUCCGCCUUCUCUCCCUUAUUCCCUCCCUUCCCUCACCCUCAACACCCCUUCUCCUCCUUCCCUCCACGACUCAACCUUCUUACCUCUAUCCACCGCAACCAACAACUUGAACUGCCAGCGCGUCUCGCUUAGCGAACUCGACGAAAACUCAUCGGACUCACAUCCAUCUCCCCUUCCCCCCCACUAUCAAAGAACAGCGACUCAAAUACUCGAAUAAUCAACAUGUCUGGAGAAGAGGAUCUCAUCGAUUACUCCGACGACGAGGCCAUCGAGUCGAAGGAGGCUCCCGCCACCAGCGGUGAUGCGUUGAAGAAGGGAGGCGACGCGUCUGCUGGAGCUACGCAAGCCGCCGACAAGAAAGGAUCCUACGUCGGUAUUCACUCGACCGGUUUCCGCGACUUCCUCUUGAAGCCCGAACUACUCAGAGCUAUUGUCGACUGCGGUUUCGAGCAUCCGUCCGAGGUCCAGCAAGUGUGCAUUCCUCAGUCGAUCCUUGGAACCGAUGUCCUGUGCCAGGCAAAGUCUGGUCUCGGUAAGACUGCCGUCUUCGUUCUUACGACGCUUCAGCAAGUCGAUCCUGUUCCCGGAGAGACGUCCGUUCUGGUCAUGUGUCACACGCGAGAGCUGGCAUACCAGAUCAAGAACGAGUACGCGCGGUUCAGUAAGUACAUGCCGGACGUGAGGACUUCGGUCUUUUACGGAGGUACGCCGAUGCAGAAGGAUGUCGAGAUCCUUAAGAAUAAAGACCAACACCCUCACAUCAUCGUUGCGACUCCCGGACGUCUUAAUGCGCUCGUACGGGAUAAGCAUCUGCGAUUGGGAAGCGUCAAAGUCUUUGUUCUCGAUGAGUGUGAUAAGAUGUUGGAUCAGAUCGACAUGCGCCGUGAUGUGCAGGAGAUCUUCCGCGCCACCCCCCAGCAGAAGCAGGUUAUGAUGUUUUCGGCCACCCUUUCCCAGGAGAUCCGACCCAUCUGCAAGAAGUUCAUGCAGACUCCUCUCGAAAUCUACGUCGACGAUGAGGCCAAGCUCACACUGCACGGUCUUCAGCAAUACUACGUCAAGCUUGAUGAGAAAGAGAAGAACCGCAAGCUCAACGAUUUGCUUGACCAGCUGGAGUUCAACCAGGUCAUCAUCUUCGUCAAGAGCACUAUGCGCGCGACAGAGCUGAACAGACUGUUGACGGAGUGCAACUUUCCCAGCAUCGCUGUCCAUAGUGGGAUUCCUCAGGAGGAACGUAUCGCACGGUACAAGCAGUUCAAAGAGUUCAACAAGCGUAUCUGUGUCGCCACCGAUGUCUUUGGACGUGGUAUCGAUAUUGAGCGCAUCAACCUUGCUAUCAACUACGAUCUACCCUCCGAUCCAGAUUCGUACCUCCACAGAGUCGGACGUGCCGGUCGUUUCGGAACCAAGGGACUUAGUAUCUCGUUCGUCUCUUCCAAGGAGGACGCCGAGGUCCUUGACAAGAUCAUGGAACGAUUCGAAGUGAGCCUGGACCCCUUCCCAGAGGGUGGUAUCGACGCCAGCACGUACAUGAACACGUAGAUGUCUUUUUUUCCUUUCUCAAUAUAAUGUAUGAAGUUGGGAAGCGGGGAAUUUGCAUUGCAGGAAACGAAAAGACGUUUGGUUGGAAAUUUGGGUAUCAGGUGUGAUAGACACGAAGAGAGAGAAGAGUGAUUGGGAGAGAAUAGCUCUAUGCUUUUUCUUCUAAAUGAUACAAGUCUCUUUUCUUGCUGAUGGUCUUGAGUGUGUUCUUACUGAUUGGUCUUGGGAUGAUGGGUUCAAACUAUGUGCGGUCUUCUUUUCAUUAAUAUCCUAUCUUAUUUGGGUGUUGCGUUUGUCUGCAUUGAUUACCUUGUUUUGCGUACGAUUGAUGCUUGAUACUACCAAUGAAUUGAGUGUAUACGA